ACCAGAAUGUCAGUGCAGGAAUCUGGGAAUGCCAGUUGUCGGGGGAGUAGUAUAGAGCUCGGAACAUGCUGACCAGAACAACAGGCACUAUGUAUCUACACAUAUGUGUACUGGUUAUUUACUUCGCUGAAUUUCAGAUCGUACAUUCUGGCCGGAUCAGACGCCACGUACCAGGCAGUGAUCUAACCUUGACCUUUGAGUGGGAAGACCCUCUGCGACCUCUAACGGAAGCUGAUUAUUAUCAAUCGACCGAUGGCGCUGCCUUUAAUCCCAUGAGCGCACUGGUAGGGCGGCCAGGUCAUUCCACUUCCAACAACACGUGCAACAACAUCCGGGUAGUUCCUGUGCAGCUGAGGAGCGCAAGCAGUAUCGGGCCGAGUGGAUUGUCGUAUUUCUACCAGAAGUAUACAGAGGCGUAUGGGAUACCCGUGCUUGCUUCACGUAAAGUCCCCGACGACGCUCUCCGCCGCGCCUGUUACGUCCUUCGCUUCCUCCUCGCCGACCACAGCGGUGUGCGACAGUCCUACUACCGACUGUCGGGGAGGGUGGCAGUGAUCGGGGCUCGGGAAGGGACAGUGUCUAUUCCAGAACACGCUUGGCUGGGUCCCGCCUGGAACGACCGAGCACGUGGACUUGGGGCAACGGAACAUGCACCAGUAUCAACGGGAGGCGAAGAGAACAUCCUGUGUUACAAUAUUGACAGGUAUCGGUUCGAGGACAUCUUCCUGCACGAGUUCGCCCAUGGCAUCCAUCUGCUGGGCGCCAAGUACGCCAUCCCAGGUUGGCAGAGUCGCCUACAGUCGCUCUACUACCAGGCCAGAUCAGCCGGUAGAUGGCGCAACACAUACGCCAUGAGUACUGUGGAGGAAUACUUUGCGGAAGGGACACAAAGCUACUUCAACGUCAACGCUUACUCCGCCGUCCCUAACGGCGUCCACAACCACGUGAACACCCGCGACAAACUACAGCAGUACGACCCCCAGCUCUUCGAUCUCAUACAGGAGGUAUUCCCGUGCGGGAACACGUACCUCCGGAGGUGUAUGGCAACCAGAAGUGCUGAGAGAAGCCAGCAACUGAGGAUGAACUGUAACCCUGGGGGCGGCGGUACAGGAACUGGAACUGGAACUGGAACUGGAACCGGAACCGGAACUGGAACUGGGACCGGAACCGGAACUGGAACUGGAACCGGAACUGGUUCAGGCACGUGUCAGGACAACAACUCCAACUGCAGGGCGUGGGCGUCUCAAGGGGAGUGUGGCUCCAACUCUGCCUACAUGCACGUCUCCUGUAGACGAAGUUGCAACAGGUGCGGACGAGGGGGAGGCGGAACCGGAACCGGAACUGGAACUGGAACCGGAACCGGAACCGGAACUGGUUCAGGCACGUGUCAGGACAGCAACUCCAACUGCAGGUCGUGGGCGUCUCAAGGGGAGUGUAACUCCAACCCUGCCUUCAUGAUCGUGUACUGUCGACAAAGUUGCAACAGAUGUGGAGGUGACCCUUGUGUGAAUUCCAACACCAACUGUAGCCAGUGGUCAAGUGAGGGGGAGUGUGAACGGAACCCCGACUACAUGUUGACCUCGUGUAGACGCAGCUGCGGCCAGUGCUGAUCGUGUCCACGCAAUAAACCAAACAACAUGCA